GUUGAUGUUUACCAAAUCAAAUACCAAAUUCCUUCAUCAGAGAUCAGAUCAGAGACAUCAGAGUUAAAACAAAAAAUAACGAAAAACAUUUCUCGAGUCUUGACUUAGCAUUUUGUAUAUUGCACACACACAUUCGCCUGGUUUGGUUCUUUCCUCUUUCACAUAAUUCCGUUUGAUUCCGUUUUGAGAAGUUUUGUCACUUUUGACACAGUCGACCGAUCUCCACUCAGAAUCCCAUAAAUUGAGACAAGAUCCAGGCGAAGACUCAUCUGUCACGUCACGAGAUGAUGCAGAUGGAAGACUCGGCUGGUGAUGAGAAAGUGGAGCCAGUCGAGGAGAAGCAGUCGAUUCCAUUCAAACGUGGACACAUUGUUUUUGCCAGGCUGAAGGGGUUCCCUCCGUGGCCCUCGAGGGUGGAGGAAAUAAUUGAAGGCAAGAAUGGACAAUCUUCCAGCAGGCAGUACUCGGUGCUCUUCUUCGAAACACAUGAUACGGCGAAACUAAAAGAACGCGACUUGAAAGAUUUUUUAUCUGAAAGAGAAACCUUCAUUUCCAAAUACCACAAAUCCAAGAAACUGAUGUCUGCGAUUGAAGAGGCUGAUAGAUAUAUAAAUAUUCCUUUCGUGAAGACGGAGGUUGCUAAAAGUGAGGAUGAACAAAGUGAAGAUGAAAAAAGUGAAGAUGAACAAAAUGAAGAUGAACAAAAUGAAGAUGAAAAAAGUGAAGAUGAAAAAAGUGAAGAUGAACAACAUGAAGAUGAAGAAAGUGAGGAAGAAGAGGAAGUACAUGACUACACAGCGGAUGAGUGGUGGGUUCCUUUUGGUUCCCUUUUUGGAGAGAACCUUGAAAGCUACGAAGAUUUAGUGGAGACAGUUUUAACGUCCGAAGGUCAACGCCAUCUGCAGCGUAUGAAGAAGAUGCAUGAACAACCAGUAUUCCAUUCUGAGUACAAUCCUCAUCCACAGAGAGGUGAGAAACGCCGGCUCGAUUUUUUCGAAGGAGUCCGUCCCAAGGUCUCAAAUUUACUCGAAAACGUCAUGUUUUACGUUGACCUUGUGCGCAACUCGUGCGACAAAAAAGAACUCCAGCAAGAGCUUCGUAAAAUCUGUUCUACCAUUUCUGAGACUGUCAUUGAAGCUGAUAUCAAGGACUGGACUGACAAAGACACUAUGCAAUUGCUGGAGAUGACUGUGAAGUGCAAAAGGAAAAAGAGACAUGAUUUUCUUGAAACUGUUGGAAAAGACCUUGAAGGAGGGUUAGGGGGCAAAGAAUUUGACCUUUCAAACUACGAGUAAAAUUUUUCAAAAAUGAUUUGCUAUCAAAAAAAUUUCUUAACAUGCUUAUUUUUGUUGAAGCAAAUGUUAAAUUUAGGAUAUUUCAGAAAUAUAUCUUGAACAAUCCAAAACUUUAUAUUGUAAUGAUUUAUGUGUUUAGUUUGCUGCGUUUGCUACUUCUUUUUGUUAAGCAUGUUCCUUGCUCUUAAGCUCAUAUUUCAAUUUCGAAAUAAUAUAUUUGACUAAAAAAUAAAAAUAAAUUCAUAUUUUUGCUUAAA